AUGGGCAAAGCUACGGGGCGCGCGAAAUUGUUCGAGAAGUUUGACGAACAUAUUGAGAAAGACUAUGACCCAGAAACCGAACAUGUGGUAGCGAGUGGCAGCGAAGAGGGCAGCGAUGACGAAAAUGCCGGCACCGAGCACUAUGUCACUGUCGCAAAAAGCAAGCUGCGCCAAAAAGGCGAAAACUCCCUCGGACCGCAAUACAGAGGCUCAAAAGUGAGUCGAAGUGUGCUAGAAAGAGAGAGCUCGGAUGAGGAAGGCGAGGACGAGGAGGAGGAGGACGAUGACGACGAGUACGACGAUCCUGAAACGGCAAAUCUCGAGAUCGAUACCGUGGAAGCCAGUGAUUCAGAAAUAGGAAGUGACGAUGCCCUCGGCGAAUCAGACAGCGAGAAGCUCAGCAACUUCGUCUUUCGUGGCAGCUCCAAACCGAGAACAGCCAAGAGCAGGCGAGCCUCCGCCGCGGACUACAUGUCUGGCUCUGAAGAUCAGGAUGAAGGGAGCGGAGAGGAACUGGAUGACGACGAGGAUGAAGAGGAAAGUGACAUGAGCGACGGCUUGGAGGCCCUGAUAGAUGGGGAGGCUGAGGAAAGCGACGAGUCAGGCGAAGGCGAAGAUGACGACGACGACGACGAUGACGAAACCAACGAAUCAGUGAACGAUGAAGAAGAAGAGGACGAGGAUGAAGAUGAGGAGGACGGAGAGGACGAAUCUUCAAACGUCAAGCCAGUUAUGAACGGACGAACACCAAACGCCGACGUCGAAAAGGGUGCGGCUAUUCAAAAGCAACGGAAACUCUAUGACGGCUUACUGAAUUUGCGCAUUCGGUUACAAAAAGCCUUGAUUGCAGCCAACACAUUCAGCGCAUUGGAGGAGGAGCCCGAAGAAGAGGACACAACUACGGAAUCCUACACUACGGCUGAAGCUACUGCUCUCAGCCUACUAAAUACGCUCAGCAGCCUGCGAGAAAAUUGCGGUGCGGCGACCGGUGCUGGUACGAAGAGAAAGCGCGACUACGAGGUCUCAACAACGACCGCCGAAAUCUGGGAGGAAUUACGAGAGCAGGACCGUCGCGCGCUGAAGUCGCGUGAAAAGUGCCUGGAAAAGUGGUCUCACAAGGUGCAGAGCGUCAAUGUGGCGGCACCCAAGGGCCUCGGCUCGCGAAACAAGACGCUCGUGGGGUCGCUGCGCGACCAGCUCAACGACCCGGAGCACCGCCUGGCGAAGCGCACUCGCGUUCCGCGUUCAUGCGCCCCCGCGCAGCACGCCAAGAAGGUGUUCGAGGACGAGACCAUCUUUGACGACGCCGACUUUUACCAGCUCCUGCUCAAGGAGCUCGUGGAGCAGCGCACGGUGGACUCGUCAGCCAACCAGACCAGCGCAGUGCCGUCGGUCGUCGUGACGGCGUCGCGUGAGAACAGGACGCGCAAGGUCGUCGACCGCAAGGCCAGCAAGGGCCGCAAGAUGCGCUUCACGGUCCACGAGAAGCUGCAAAACUUCAUGGCGCCCGAGGACAGGCGGCAGUGGGAGCAGAACGCCAUCGACCGGUUCUUCGGCACGCUGUUUGGCCGCAAACUGGAGCUCGACGAAGACGAGGCGGGCGAGGACGAGGACAUGGAUGACGUCGCGGACGCAGACUUCAAGAUGUUUGCGUAA